AUGAUAACAAGACGCCAACGAAUACUUUUAUUUUCAACAAGUGAACAACUUAAAAUGCUUUUCGCUGCUGAAACAGUAUUCAUGGAUGGCACGUUUUCAACAUGUCCAAGCAUGUUUGAUCAAGUUUAUACAAUUCAUGCGAUAAAAUAUGAUCAGUCCUUUCCUUGUGUUUUUGGCUUAUUAUCAAAUCGACAGAAAAGUACAUAUCACUUUAUGUUUCGUGGGUUGAAAGCACUAGCUGUACAAAUGGAAAUGAAUUUUUCACCAAAAUUAAUCAUGAGUGAUUUUGAACCAGGUCUAUUAGCUGCAGUUGCACUCGAAUUUAUUACAGCAACACAUUUAUCUUGUUAUUUUCAUUUUACUCAAGCUAUUUAUCGAGCAAUACAACGAGUUGGCUUAUCAACAGCAUAUAAUAAUGAUGAUGAUACUAAAAAAUAUUCAUUUCAUAGUCGCUUCAAUCGUCGAGUACAAAUUAACCAUCCAAAUAUAUGGUCAUUUAUUAAGCUUCUUCAAGGAGAAGAAAACCGUGUUCAUCAUAUGUAUGUUCAAUUCAUGGCAGGCUUAGGGACACGAUUAAAACAAGCUAAAACGGUUGCUAUUCAACGUCGUAUGGAUAAACUUGGAGAAAGAUAUUAUGAUGGAACAAUAAAUGCUAUGGAAUAUUUAGAUGGUUUAUCAUUUGUAGUUGCUAAACGGAAAAAAUAA